CACACGUCACCGACCAGGAAGUGAGCGUAGAGGAGGGACAGAGGAAUCACAACAGAGCUCCUCCAGCCUCUGUUUGUUUGUUUGUCUGUUUGUUUGUUUGUUUCUGUGCCUCUCAGACACGCUGCUCGUCUGUGAUCACCGAGGACAGGACAUGUCACGGAAAGCCAAAGAUGAAUAUUACCGCUUCUUCACCGUUUCCGACCCACGAUCACACGAGAAGGGGCACACGGAGUACAAAGUGACAGCGCGGUUCGUGUCCAAGCGUCACCCGGAAGAUGUGAAGGAGGUGGUCGUGUGGAGGAGGUUCUCUGAGCUGAAGAAGCUCCACGGGGAGUUGGCCUACACGCACAAGAACCUGUUCAGAAGACAAGAGGAGUUUCCACCGUUCCCUCGCGCACACGUCUUUGGGAGGUUUGACGAGGCUGUGAUUGAGGAGAGGAGGAAGGCCACAGAGGCCAUGCUUUCAUUUACUACCACCAUACCUGCACUCUACAACAGCCCACAGCUCAAGGACUUCUUCAGAGGUGGUGAGGUCACAAGGCCUCUAGAUUCCACCCCUCUGUCCUCCGCCGGGCCUCUGCCUCCCCCUCUCAUUCCCCUACCCAAGCGGAGGGCCUCUGACUGUGAACCAGCAGAGGAGGAGGAGGGGAGGGAGGCUCCCACCUUACCCCAGGAUCUGGGCAUCAACGUGGGCUUGGAGGUGGGAGAACCGGAGGUGGCGGCCGAGGCUUACAGCGAGAUGGGAGGCUCUCCUAGAGAAGAAGAGCAAGAGGAGCUCAGCGAUGCAGAGCUGGAUGACAGAGGCCCGUCUCCUGACCCAUCCCUAGCCAGAAACCACCAAUCACAAGAAUCACAGGAAGAAUUCGAUUCACUGUUUGACUCCGUGGCAGAAGAGCAUGUCCCAUCCCUGAAGGAGGAAGGUCCACCUCCACUGUCUGAUAAUGACUUGGCUGUCUUUGAUCCCUGCUAUAAACAAGGUGACAAUAAUUCGUGUCCAAGCGUCACCCGGAGAUGUGAAGGAGGUGGUCGUGUGGAGGGGUUCUCUGAGCUGAAGAAGCUCCACGGGGAGUUGGCCUACACGCACAAGAACCUGUUCAGAAGACAAGAGGAGUUUCCACCGUUCCCUCGUGCACACGUCUUUGGGAGGUUUGACGAGGCUGUGAUUGAGGAGAGGAGGAAGGCCACAGAGGCCAUGCUUUCAUUUACUACCACCAUACCUGCACUCUACAACAGCCCACAGCUCAAGGACUUCUUCAGAGGUGGUGAGGUCACAAGGCCUCUAGAUUCCACCCCUCUGUCCUCCGCCGGGCCUCUGCCUCCCCCUCUCAUUCCCCUACCCAAGCGGAGGGCCUCUGACUGUGAACCGGCAGAGGAGAGGGGGGGGAGGGAGGCUCCCACCUUACCCCAGGAUCUGGGCAUCAACGUGGGCUUGGAGGUGGGAGAACCGGAGGUGGCGGCCGAGGCUUACAGCGAGAUGGGAGCUCUCCUAGAGAAGAGAGCAAGAGGAGCUCAGCGAUAUGGAUCUAAUCCGUCCGGUGACCACUCAGAAUUGUUCUCACUGCCGCCAACUAGUCUGGAUGGAGGGGACGCGGCUUACUUGAACCAGGCUGCCACUGAGCUCACAGCCGCGAUGGAGAGGGAGAAGGAGGGAGAAUUUAGCUGUGCCAUUCGCGGAUACAGGACGGCGGUGGAUAUACUGAUCACUGGAGUACAGGGAGAUCCAGAUCCAAUACGCAGGGAGUCUGUGAUGAGAAGGACGGCCCAGUACCUGAAGCACACUGAGAUGCUGGUCGACAGGCACUCCUCACCCACACACACUCACACAUCUACACAGGACCCUUAGAUGCGCACAC